AUGGUGCUUUUUGGGGUUAUUUGUUCAUCAUGUGAUUCUCAGCCCUUCCUAGAAACCCCAGCUCCAUUUUCUUCUGGAACAAAUCCUUCUUCAAACGCCAGCUCUUGUAAAGGUGGUGCACAGACAACAACUGAUCUUCAUCCUCGGCAAAAACCUUCGGAAGUUAUAUCAAGAGCGAGCAACCAGACAGUACAGUCAAAAACUAGAACUUGUAAGAGAACCUUGAAAUGUGAAACCCAGGCAAAACUAUAUCAACCAUGUUCGUUAGAAACUAUAUCCUCUGACCAUAGGGUGGAUGGCUUAAAGAAAAUACACCAGGCAAAACUCUCUCGAGGUGUCGAUGAUGAGGACGAAGGUAAGGCUGGGUUCAGCAACAUAAUAAUGUCUAGGGUGAAGGGGAUAUUCUUACCAUGGGAAAGAAGUGUGCAAGAGGGGCUGGUAGGUAAGAAUAUCACCCAUGAUAUCUUUCCCAGCUUGACUCAUGAACAAGAAAAUGCCUUACAGAAAAGUUCUGAUCCACAGAACCAGGUUGUUAAGAACAAUCUGAGUGAAGCAUCUAGUUCCUCGUCCUGUUCUUUGAAACCUAAUCGAACCAGUAACGUAGACAGAAGUAGCAGCAGCAGAAGCAGCAGCAGCAGUUCACAUCAUAAGUUCAACAUUGAAGUGGGCUCUUUAAAGCUUGCUAUCUCUUGGGAGGACUUGACAUUUGGUGAACAGAUAGGACGAGGUUCAUGUGCAACUGUGUAUCAGGGCCGUUGGUGUGGCUCGGAUGUCGCUAUAAAGGUGUUUUCCGAAAUUGAGCACUCAGAUGACUUGUUACGUUCUUUCAGACAAGAGGUAUUACUUAUGAAGAAACUCCGGCAUCCAAAUGUGCUACUCUUUAUGGGGGCUGUAACUUCACCGAGGCAUCUGUGCAUUGUCACUGAGUUACUCCCACGUGGGAGUUUGUAUCAGUUGCUUCGACGUAAGACUCCUACACCAGAAUGGAAGCGGCGUGUUCUGAUGGCUUUGGACAUCGCACGAGGUAUGAACUACCUUCAUCGUUACAAGCCACCUAUCGUGCAUCGUGAUUUAAAAUCUUCAAAUCUGUUGGUCGACAAAAAUUGGAUUGUGAAGGUUGGUGAUUUUGGUCUUUCACGACAGAAGCAUGCGACAUUUUUAACUACAAAAUCUGGGAAAGGAACGCCACAGUGGAUGGCUCCAGAGGUUAUCCGGAAUGAGCCAGCUGAUCAAAAGUCUGAUGUAUAUAGCUUUGGAGUAAUAUUGUGGGAGCUUGCCACGCUGAAAAUCCCUUGGGAUGACCUGAACUCAAUGCAAGUGAUUGCAGCUGUAGGGUUCAUGGACCAACGAAUUGAGAUCCCGAAGGACACAGACCCACAAUGGGCAUAUCUGAUCGAGAGUUGCUGGCACAGUGACCCAAAAAGACGGCCAACAUUUGAGGAACUGCUUGAAAAGUUGAAAGUUCUGCAGAGCUUGCAGGAAUGUGUCAAACUAGGUCCAGAUGACGAUGUUCAAAAACCAUGUUUAAGCCUGCCGACCUUAUCUGAAAGUUGUAAGCAAGCAACAUGGCAAUAUUUGUACUUGUAUGUUUCUGUGUGUGCAUUAACUCUUGUUAAGAAGAAGACAAACUGA